AACUCCUUGAAAAGCGCACAUGAUAAAGUUUGCUCGCAAACGUCUGAAAUGUCACAGUCCACAAACAGUCCCUUGUAAACAAAUUUCGCAACUCCCAUCAUUUCCCCGCCCCCGAAUUCCUGCCAUUUCUCAAGGAAGGAAGCUGAGAGGAAAGUUCCGAAAACACUGGCGACAGACGCGCAACUUAUACCCAACUUUGCGCUGACAGUACAAAAUUAACUCCGGAUAGCGAUCUGACGUGUUAUUUGACGCAUACGCUGACGAAUAGUCUUUUGUGGAGCCUUUGAAGCGACGCAGCGCUUGACGCUUUACUACAGACGCAGAUCAAGCAAUGGAAAUAAUGGGGAGCGGGGAACCGUUUUUACAAUGGGACAAAAAUCUCAGCGAACUGUCCGAACCCGGGGAUAGCGAUAUUUUAUUCAGCACUCACUUCACCGAGCUGCUGGAUGAUCUGUCCCAAGAGGCUUUGUUGGGGCAGUUGUUAAGCGACCCGUUCCUGUCCGGCCGUGAUGAUGCUAUGGACACAGAGGAUGAUCUGACCCCUGUGUCUCCAGUGCCGCCACACAUUCAAGCCGAACACAGUUACUCUCUGUGCGGAGACUCGCGCCCACAGUCGCCCAUGUCCCAUCUGCCCGGAGAGCCUGGCAGUGACGCCGGCGAUACAGACAAUGAUGAGUGGCCCAUGGAGCAGGAAGAUAAAGGGCUGAAGAUGGAGCCUCUGCUGUGUGACCCGUCGCCCGUCCUGCUGCCCUAUGUGCACCUCACUCUGACCCCCGAGGGUCCUGUCUUUGACCCCGUGACUGACGCCCCACUGACCCUCCCUCAGGCCACACAGGUUAAAGCGCUCGGCGUGAAGGAGGACAGCGAGAGUCUCAUCCCUCAGAUUAAACUGGAGCCACACCAGGUGGAUCAGUUCUUAAACCUCUCACCCAAAGGCCUGGAGUCUCUGCAGAUGCCACCGACUCCUCCCAGCUCUCACGGCAGCGAUUCGGAGGGCAGUCAGAGUCCGGUUCACCCCUGUGCUCCUGCCAGUCCCACACAGACCCCCGCUGUCCUCAAGGUGGCGCCAAGACCCCCGUCUUCCCUCUCCAGCUCUCCUCUGCUGACGGCACCCCAUAAACUGCAGGGCUCCGGUCCUCUCCUGCUGACGGAGGAGGAGAAACGCACGCUCAUCGCUGAAGGAUAUCCGGUGCCCACCAAACUGCCCCUGUCCAAAGCUGAGGAGAAAGCUCUGAAGAAGAUCCGCAGAAAGAUCAAGAACAAGAUCUCCGCACAAGAGAGCCGCAGGAAAAAGAAAGAGUACAUGGAUGUUUUAGAGAAGAAGGUGGAGACAUGCUCUAAUGAGAACAGUGAGUUGCGCAGGAAAGUUGAAACACUGGAGUGCACCAACAAGUCUCUGCUGCAGCAGCUGCACUCGCUGCAGGUGGCGGUGGCAGGAAAGGUCCCGCGCUCCUGCCGGAUGACGGGCACCCAGACCUCCUCAUGCCUCAUGGUGGUGGUUCUGUGUUUUUCGGUGUUCUUGGGGAGUUUCUACCAAGGCCUGAGUCCCUGUUCCUCUGUCACGAAAACAGAUCUGAGCAGAGAGAUCUCCAUACGGGACUCGUACACCACUACAGUGAGGUCCCGGAACCUGUUGUCCAUUCCGGAGCACGGGGGUCUGGACGAGCCUCAUCCCAUUGGUCUGGGUGGGGAUUAUCCUGAAUGGGAUCAUCAGGCUGAUGUAAUGGUGGCUUGGCGUAUAGAACAGCAGCACAAACAGGAACAGGCGGAGCUACCAAAAGCAGAGCCCCGCCCACUUAUACUAAUCACCAAUGAAACACGAGCGCAGAAGUCCAUUGUCAUAGACCUGCACUCACACAGGUCAGAUAAGUGGUCAAACGAGACGGCUAGAGUCACAGAGUUGGAAAGGACCGUCAACGAGACGUCCUGAGAUCCCUGCAGCGACGGGGCGAUAGGCUUCAUAUUUAUAGUGCUAUUUUACUUAGAUCUCCUUUUUUUUUUUUUUUUUUUUUAACAAACACAGAAAACUCAAAUGUAUUUUAUUCCAUUCCAGCAGUAUAUCAAAUUUUGUACACUAUUUAAUUUUUUAUAUGCUUUCAGAUUGUUUUAAUAUUCAUUCUUUCUUUUCUUUUCAUUUCUUUGCCUAUUUGCCCCCGUGCUACUGAGAAUAUGUGUUGUAAUAUAUAUAAAAUCUGCAUCUGUUUUCAUAUUCACAUGACGAUGGUAAUGGCAUCAUGUAGCAUGUCGAUCAGAAUGCCUUUUCCAAAGAUUCAUAAAAACAGUGCAAAGAUUCAGACUGUAUUAAAAUUAUAGGCUUAAAGCUCUGGAAAUUUGCCAUCUUUAAACUGUAAACAAAGCAUUUGUCUGAAUAUGUAAAUAUUUGCUGCAUCCUUUAUUGCAAGUGUGUUGGGAGCGAUAUGAAUUAGCGGGAUUGAUAUCGAUGGAGAUGUUUGUCAUUGAGGGUGUUAAAAUAGAGACAGUAUGGACUUGACAUGAAAAGGACGGAUGCUCUCCUUCUCUGGAGUCCCUCAUAUGAUGUUGCCCUCUUUAUUAAGGACAGAUGGCCCUUUUUGUCCUCAUCUGGCCACCAUCCAACCCCCAUCUGUGCUCUUCUGGGAGUAAAAGAUGCUCGCUGACAAGUCUAGCGUUCUCCUGCUCUGAUAUGAACGGUUGUGACGACCGGAGUCCUGAGGGAUCUGCAUUCAGGCGUGUUGUGGACUCACUUGAACUGCGUCCCCGUAGAAUGGAUCUGUUAUUUAUUAUUUUUUUAGUAUGCCUGCCAUCCUUUUAUCCUGGAAACAAGAGAUGGUUUUGUCCUGACCCUAUGCAUUCAGAUGCAAACGUCUGUGUCUGUGUCAUCUCAUGUAUUUGGCAUAGCGUCUUAAUUACAUUACACUUUCCCUGCAUCACAAUGCAAUUUCAGGCUCUUAAAAAUGAUUUUCCUGAAAUCACUCUGCCUUGUUUUUGGCCUGUUUUCUGCAAGCAAAUAAAUAUUUUCGUUAGUAAAAGCAUUGUAAA